AUGCCGCCGCUCGCGUGGCGCGCCGGCAAAGUGGCGGCGGCGGUGCGGUUCCAGGCGGUCACAGCGCUCGCGACGCUCGUGCGGCGGCGGCUGGCGGACGAGGGCGCGCUGCGCGCCGCCUCGGAUGCGGGGCUGCUGCCACUGCUGCACCAGUGCCUUGACGAGGACUGGUACCCGGACGUGCGCCUGGCGGCCGCGGCGGUGGAGGGCGCGCUGCUGGGCGCCGUCGGCGGCGGCCUGUCGGACGAGCAGCGGCGCGCGGCGUACGGCGAGCUGCUCAAACGGCUGGACGACAGCAGCAACCAGGUCCGCAUCGCCGCGUGCGCGGCGCUCGCGGCGCUCGCGGCGUCGCUGCCGCCCUCCUACUGCGACACCAACGCCGGGUACCUCGCGGCCGGGUUAGUCAUCCACAUGGACGACUCGGACCCCGCGGUGCAGGAGGCGGCGGCGGCUGCGCUCGAGGCUCUGGCCGCGGUCAAGCCGGGGCCGGUGGCGGGGGAGGUGUGGCGGGCGCGCGAGCGGUUCCGGGCGAAGCACUACUGCGACCGCGUGCUGGCGGCGUGCAGCAGCAGCAGCGGCGACGGCGGCGGCACUGCGUCCUAA